UCCGGUUCAAUCCUCAAUUUCACCCUAAAACCAGAGUUUUUGUAUUCCUCUUGCUUUAUUUCCCUGUGAAAAUAAAAUCCAAAUUGAAAAGAAAAAAAGACUUGAAAGAAAGAUUUGAUUUCUGCAGUAAAACGCAGAGAAGAGAGGUUACUGUACCUUUGAAACGACACUGGAAAAGAGAAAGUUCAGUUUUAAAUUUAUUUGUGGGUUAUGUUUUUUCUCAAUUUCAAACUUAACAUUCACAAAAGAAAUCCCAACUAGCCGGUGCUCCGGAAACAGCUGAGAAUCCGAUGGACUCCUUGGGUCCGAAUCGAUUUGACAUCUUCGAAAUUUAUCGGCGAUCCUGUGAACUUAGAACAGGAUUUGGAUAUGUUUGUGGUGAAGAAGGCUACCGACAAGAUGAGGAGUCGCAAAGAGCCAAGUUCUCGAGGGAUCCAUUGAAUCAGCUCUUAAAGAUGGUAGAGGCAAGGAUGCAGACAAGGAAUGCAGUCUUUGACGAACUUCUCAAGCUCAUGUUACAGCUGGACUUGAUGGUAGACUUUUCUCAGUUCUCACGCUUCUAUGAUUUUGUUUUCUUCAUAUGCCAAGAGAACGGUCAAAAGAAUAUUACGGUAAGCAGGGCAAUUGCUGCUUGGAGAUUAGUCUUGACUGGCAGGUUCCGUUUGCUUAACCAAUGGUACGACUUCGUUGAGAAAAAUCAGCGGCACAAUAUUUCUGAGGAUACCUGGCAGCAAGUUUUAGCUUUCAAUCGGUGUGUACAUGAAAAUCUAGAAGGGUAUGAUCCUGAAGGUGCUUGGCCUGUUUUAAUUGAUGACUUCGUUGAGCAUAUGUACAGAAUUUCAGGGCCGAAUAAAGAUAGAAAUGUUUUCUGUAGCGGUGGUGAUCUGGAGUCCCAGUCAUGUGCAAUUGAUGAAACUUUGCCCGGAUUAAAAAUAGUUCCCGGGUUAGAUAAAAUGGAGUCCUUGGAACCAUUCUUGUCGAACUCUUCAAACCUUAAUUGCACAUUGAAUUCCAAGAGAAAUAGGUUGAUCUCUAGCCCAUCUGUUAACAACAGGUUAGAUAAUCUUCCCCCGAAUUCAUCUGAUAACUGCAUGGAAAUCGUUAAACACAGUAAUCCGAUAGGCUGUUGCGAGUCUCCUUGUGCAGUCCUGUCUAAGGGUUUUGCAGGGCUGUUAUGGAGUUGCUCGAAUACACAGUUUGAUCAGGAAAGAAGAGUUUCGUAUACAUAGAUGCUCCGGCUCGAGGUAAAACCAUAGAAAAAGGGAACAUGUAUCCUUUGCAAGUCUAUGAACUAGAUAUGUUGAUGGGGGAGUGUGGCAAUAUCUUGGGAUGAUUUCCUUGGUUCGUAUUUGGAUGUUUGAGGGGUGCUUGCUAAUCAUUUGUUUUGUGA